GAACUUUGUGCUGCGCGCGACACUGACUUUAGCGCCUUCAGAUCUUUCUUCUGUUCUUCUUGUUUUUGUUUUAUUCUUCAGCUGAUCAGAUUUUGGAGGCUUAUCAAACCGCAGAAGCAGGAGAGCAGAAGGAAGAUGCAGCCGCUAAGGACGCUCCUCCUCGUACUGGCCGUGCUCUGCACUCCGGUCUCCAGCCUCUGCCUGCGCGACGCCUACGACUCGGGUUUGCUCUGCGACGACGGCGAGCUGGACAGGGAGCGCGUCGUGAACGCGCCCGAGGACGAGUCGCGGUCGGAGGAGUCCCGGGAGCGGCGGACUUUACCCGGCUCCAGCUACAAGUUUCUGAGCCACACCCUGCUCAGGAGCAAGCUGUACGGCCACGGCGCGAGGAGUGACCGGCGCAGCAGGGUGACCCUGUCCCUGGACGUGCCCACCAACCUGAUGAACGCGCUCUUCGACAUCGCCAGAGCCAAAAGCCUGCGCGCCAAAGCUGCGCACAACGCGCGCCUCAUGGCGCAAAUCGGCAGGAAGAGGUGAACCUCCUGCGCGCUCCACGGCCUUUUUACUUAUUCAUUUACUUAUCGGUUUGUUUGUUUGUUUAUUUAUUUAUUUAUUACCUGUGUGUGUGUGUGUUAAUUAACAUUAUUUUGUGGCCUCACGUAUUAGCAAUAAGCACAGCACGGACAUGUCGAGUGAGUGUAUAAAUCUGAUCCGAGGACAUUCUGGAACGCUUUACGUGGCUCUUCGUGAAUAAAUUAUUUUUUAAAACAUCA